UUCGAAAUGUCUAGAUUGACACAAAUAAAUGGAAUAGUCUCGAGCGACAUGUCCAUAGAUAAGAUAAAACUACCGGCACGCUUGUUAUAUAAGGAGGUCUCGAGCUGGUUUCUUUUCACUCUCGAGGAAAUUCGGCAGCGAGUAAUAGACCACCAACAACAGCCAUGCAGAGUCUCCUUUUCGUAAUGCUCCUUGGAGUGUCAGCAUACGCUCAGCUACCUAGGCCUUGUGAGUCACCAAAGCAAUGGGAAGCGCGAAUGUUCACCCAAGACAUGUCCAAAAACUUUACUGGGUAUGCCAAAGGGAGCUAUGACGAGACGCAGAGGAGGUUCCGAGAGAUUGAAGAAGUUGAAUUCGGAAGUGACCGCGAGUAUUUCGACGUUCUUUACCUCCAUAACGUCGGUAAGGAGUACAGGUUUAAUUUGAAAACAAGGCAGUGCAAUGUAACGAACCUCACGCGUCCCUUCAGGCCUUUUGGAGUCCCUCCUGAGGGUAAAUUCGAGGGUUCUGCCACCGUUGGAGCAGCUGGAGUUCCCAAUGAGUUUAUGGCUGUAAACAAUUUCUAUGGCAACUUCAGCGACGGUGACAGAUUUUUUGGUACUGUCACAAAUCCUGACUGUAUCCCAAUAGCAAGUGGCUUCUACAGCGAGAAUACUGGCUUCGUUCAUAGAACAUUUUUCGAUUUGAACAUAGGAAUCGCAGACCCAAUGGUUUUUAUCCCUCCAAAGGAAUGUCUUUAAAGUUUUGUAUUUGACACCUAAACAUUAAACGUAAAAAAAA